GAUAACUAAGAUAUUCAAAGGGAUCAGUAUCAGAUAAUGGUAGAAAAAAAUAGAACUAAAACAAUCCUUGGAAACUCACCAAAGUAAAACAACAAUAACAAACCGAAACGUGAACAUAACAUUCACGCUGCGAAAAGUAAAGGGAAUUUCCUGCAAGAAUUACAAAAAUGACGGACGAUUAACAGAUCAGCAAAUGAACAAGACCAGUUAAUGAGGUAAAUGUGGCUACACUGCACGAUAAGAUUCCAUAGGGUUGGCAUACUGAGCUUUCGGAGGUCCUUCCAAGCUGCUGCUCCAAAGAUGGCCAAGAGUCGAUUUGAAUACGUCAAGUCCUUCGAGACAGAAGAUAGGCUUGACCCAAAACACUGGAUCGUCAUCGCCUUAAAGCAUCGCCAGUAUGAUGACCUUGCAGACACUUAUAACUUGGAGAAACCCAAUGACAGGCGCCUGGUUCAGCUUUUUGAGGAGUGCACGAGGUCAGUGAUGAGUGAUUUCAAGGAACUAGUGCUCGCCUAUGGCUUUGGGGCAGAGUUCAGCCUGGUAUUUGCCAAGAACACGACGCUGUAUAGAAGGAGAGCCCCAAAGCUUCUGACGAAUUUAUGCAGCUUAAUGGCCUCGUCAUUUGUGCAGCUGUGGCCACACCAUUUUAAAGAAUGCUCGCUCAUAGAUCCUCCUGUAUUUGAAGGCACAGUUCACCUUUUUCCUGAUGACCAGAGCCUGAGGGAUUACAUGACUCAGCGGCAGCUGGUGUGUCACCAUCGGAAUCUAAAUAAUACUCUUUUCUGGUCACUAGUACAAGAUUGCAGCUUAAGUGUGGAUGAGGCCCAAGAUAUAGUAAAAGGAGCAAAAAGCGAAGGUGACAAAAAUGAAAUUCUAUUUUCCAAAUGUAACAAGAAUUACAACAAAGAAGAGGAUGUCUUUAAGAAAGGGACCAUCAUUGUUCGCACCAAUACACGCGCCUCGGUUCGGACACCAGAGGGUUUGGUGACCCAACGAAAUCAAAGCUGCUUGAGCAACUUGUGUUAUGAUUUUGUGAAAGACCAGUUUUGGAGUGAGAUUUUUGUUCUUGAUCAGCCCACAAAGGUGAAUGCAAAGACAAAUUACCUGAAAGAUUUUGAGAAGAAAUGGAAGUUACUUCCUCAUUCUUGGAUUGUUAUAAGAAUUGAUGGAAAAGGUUUUCACAAAUUUUCAGAGAAACACAGCUUCACGAAACCCAACGACAUUCGAUCUAUUGAACUGAUGAACAGAGCCGCCAAGAGAGUUAUGGAGGAAUUCCCUGACAUCAUCCUGUCCUAUGGACAAAGCGAUGAAUAUACCUUUGUGGUAGACCGCUACUCCAGGAUGCUGGAUCGAUGUUCCAAUAGGACCAUAUCGAGCAUUGUCAGUUUAUUUGGCAGUACUUAUGUUCAUCAUUGGGUAGAAGUAUUUGAGGAUACUCCACUACAGUACAGUCCAGCCUUUGAUGCACGAGCCGUCCUGUACCCCAACAAUUCUUGCUUAAGGGACUACCUCAGCUGGAGACAAGCUGACUGUCAUAUCAACAAUAUGUACAACACCUGCUUUUGGGUCCUAGUGCAAGAAGGGAAGAGAUCGAGACAAGAAGCCGAGGAAGAACUGCGAGGAACAUUUUCCAAAGACAAGAAGGCCAUUCUCAGUCAAUUCAGUCGCGAGUACGAUGAAGAGGAUGCACUGUACCGCAAAGGAACCGUCAUGUAUAGGGACAAGUUGCCGAAUGAUGGAAUAGAAGAAACAAAAGCAGCUGCGAGUGAAUCUUGCAAAGGGCCUGGAAACAUAGCUGUGGAACAUGUUGACAUGAUUGGCGAUGCUUUUUGGGAACAAAGACCGUGGAUUCUGUCAAAAGAACGCACAGUAAGAACUCUAGAAGAUAUAGAUUACUAAAAAGGAAAAUUAAAUUGUUUCAAUAUUAAAUUAUAAUGUAUACAUAUUUUAUAUUAACAUAAAUUUUUAUUGAUAUAA